GACAUUUAAAGAAAAAUUAGCACGGUAAAAGUGGAGUAGUGGUGGCCAUCAGAAUCCCUGCUGCACAACCCCAAGAGGGGUGGCCUAGCAGUAAGGGGCCUGUGUGCAUGCGCAAUGAUUCCUCGUUCAAACCCUGAUAGGUACUAGGGAUGGUAGGUGGGAGCACUCAUGCGUUGUGCCUUAUUGCUAACUCUCUUAGGGUGCUAAGGUGAGAUCUAUGGUAUCUUAGUCACAGUAGUUAUGACUCAAUCCAACAUUCUCUAGCGGGAGGUGUCCCUAUGGUCACACCCAAGGAAGUGAGUCACACAUAGUCGCCCCCGCCCCUCUUCUUAUUCCAAAAAAAAAAAAAAAAAAAAAAAUCCCUACUGCUCAUGGAUCAAUCUUCCACCAAAGACUAUUAAUAAUCAUAAUUUUUAGCCAAGUCUUUUUUAUUUUUCUUUUAAGUCAAUAACCCUAUUCUAAGUCUACUAAAUCAACAGCACAGUUGCUGUAUUAAAAUUGACAUACUCGGCAAUCUAGGCAUUGACAUUUCAAGAGAAUAUAACACCGCAAAAGUGCAGUCACGUUGGGGAUUAGAAUCCACCAAUGUCCAUAGCACAUGAUCAAUAAUUUUCAACGAAAAGCUUGAAGUCAAAUUAUUAUAUUAGCAUUCUAUUCCCCUCCCCGUAUAGGUUUGAAUGGUUCUCCAUGCAUAUAUAUAAUGUUUAGUCAGUAUAACAUAGCAUACAAGAACUUUCCUCAUGUCCUUUUUUAGGCGAUAAUGGAGACGAAUCAAAUCAACUUGCAUUUAUAUAUGCAACCUUCACAAUUUUCUAAAGCCAAUAUAUGCAUCUGAGUCUCUUAAGCCCGCAUGAAAUGCGCCCAAAAGGGCAAGCAGAAUGUUUACAUCCCACUGUUUCUCUAUGUUUUUGUUCCUCUUGCUACUAUGUUCAUCAAGUCGCAUGUCUAAUGCACUGAAUGAUGCUUUGAAGAAACAACAUUCUGACAUGCUCAGUUUAGGUGCAGUUGUAGAUUGCACCUCUCUUGCUGGCAAAAAAGAGAAGGUAGCGAUAGAUAUGGCAAUUGAGGAUAUAUAUGCUCAUGCCAAUCACCAGAACUUCCCCACCCUACAUGUGGAAAACUCUCGAGGAGACCCUUUCCGAGCAGCCUCUUCUGUUAAGACCCUCAUUGAGAAGCAACAUGCGAAAGCAAUAAUAGGAUUUGGAACAUGGCAAGAGGCUGUGUUUGUUGCUCAGCUUGGCAAUGAAUCCAAAGUCCCUAUCCUGUCAUUGGCAAAUGAAGUCCCACAGUGGGCCUCUUGCCACUGGCCAUUCCUUGUAAAUGCGGCUCGCAGCCAAAAUGCUCAAAUGAAAGUUGUCGCAGCUAUAAUUCAAAGUUGGAAAUGGAGGAAAGUGAACAUUAUCUAUGAAGACAUGAACCCAGCUGUGACUGGCAUUAGCCCUGAACUCAUUGCCACUAUACAAGAAGUGGACGCGGAGAUUAACGACCUUUUGCCUCUCUCUCUCUUUCCUCCAUAUCAUUCUCUCUCAAAAAAGUUGGAGCACCUGAAAAAUGGGUCGUGCAGAGUUUUCAUUGUUCACACUUCCAUUACCUUAGCCACUAAAAUCUUCAUGGAAGCGAAUAGUAUAGGAAUGAUGGAUAAGGAUUAUGUUUGGAUCACCACCAAUGCCAUUACAAGUCAAAUUGAUUCACUCAAUGCAUCAAUUAUCUCCUCAAUGCAAGGUGUCUUAGGAGUCAAGAGCUACUUUUCCACCACACCUAAAAGCUACAAAGAUUUCCACUUUAGAUUUCGGGCCAUGUUUCAUUUGCAAUAUCCUGGUGAGCCAAUACCGGAACCAGGGACUUCUGCCAUGCAGGCCUAUGAUGCUGCACGGGCUGUGGCUAUCGCAUUGAUGGAAAAGCCUAAUUUGAAAAGCUGUACAAAUUUGACAGACGAUGUUGCCUGUAUGCAUGAAAUGAAUGGACAACAGUUGCUUGGAAAAAUCUUGCAAAGCAAUUUUGAGGGGCUAACUGGUGCAUUCAAUUUUAAAGAGGGAAAAUUGGCUCCAAUACACAUUUUUCGAAUAGUUAAUGUGGUUGGGAAAAGUUAUAGGGAACUUGGAUUCUGGUCGGAGGGACUAGGCUUCUCAGAGAGCAUCCAUAAGGCUAGCAAGUACAACAGGUCAAUGAGUAUUCUAGGACAAGUGUUUUGGCCGGGAGGGCCUUGGUCAGUGCCAAAAGGGUGGGGGGUACCAAUUAAUGCUCAACCUCUGAAAAUAGGAGUACCUGCAGUGACCACUUUUAGCGAAUUUGUGAAUGUGAGAUAUAAUCGUCCUGGGGACAAACCAAUCGUUAAUGGAUUUUCCAUUGCUGUAUUUAAAGCUGCCUUAGAUCUUCUACCAUAUCACUUGCCAUAUGAAUUUAUUCCAUCUGACGGCACAUAUGAUUCUCUGGUCCAGCAAGUAUAUGUUGAGACUUUUGAUGCAGUUGUUGGAGAUACUGCCAUAAUUGCCAAUCGUAGUGAAUAUGUAGAAUUCACGCAACCCUAUUCUGACUCAGGUCUAGAGAUGUUGAUAUAUUUCAAGCCAAAAAGGGUAGAAAGAGCUUGGUUGUUCAAGAAGCCGUUCACCACCUUUAUGUGGGUUUUUACAGUGGUCAUUAAUGUUUAUAAUGGAUUUGUUGUAUGGUUGAUAGAGCGGAAUCACAACCCAGCUUUCAGGGGCAGUAUAUGGAACCAAAUUGGAACCAUGCUUACCUUAGCCUUCAUAACGCUAUUCUCACAACAAGGAGCGAAAUUACACAGCAACCUGUCCCGGAUGACUAUGGUUGUAUGGCUAUUUGUGGCGUUAGUUAUCACACAAAGUUUCACGGCCAGUCUAACAUCACUGCUUACCGUUCAACAACUUCAUCAAACAACGAUCGACAUUGAGACACUUAAAAAGAGUGGAGCCAAAGUUGGGUGUGAUGCGAAUUCAUUUGUUGGAGCAUAUUUGGAGGUGGUCUUAGGUUUUCAACCCAACAACAUCAGGAGAAUAGGUUCGGGAGAUUAUUAUCCACAGGCUCUUAAAAGUGGAGAGAUUGCAGCAGCCUUUAUUGAGGCCCCAUAUGUUAAAGUGUUUCUCGCUAAAUAUUGUGAUGGUUUCAUCACUUCAGGACCAGCAUUUAAAGUUGGAGGUUUUGGAUUUGCUUUCCCACGGAGCUCCCCUUAUCUACCUGAUAUUUCUGAAGCAGUUCUAAAAUUAUCUGAAAGUGGAAAAUUGCGACAGCUUGAGGAUUUUUUAACCUCUUCCCACAAGUGCUUAGCAUCUAAUUCUGACAAUAAUCUUGAUAGUCUUGGACUGAAUAGUUUCUGGGGUCUCUUUGUCAUCACUGGAGGAAUGUCCACCAUUGCUCUUUUGGCCUUUAUUUUUCGUUAUGUUCGUGAAAGAUGGUAUCGACCUUUAGGCCAAACCCAAGCACAACAGCAUCAUGCCCCAUCUGUCGAUGAAUUAUGGAUGUUUGCCCCUGAAAUGGAAAACCAAUAACAAUCUUAUCUGUAAUAACCAUGUAUGUAAACCUGCUGGCAAAAGCACACAUUGUACUUAGCUGCUAGUAACACUCUUUUUAAUGUUAAUAAUUUGUAUCCUUUAGAUUAGAUAUUAAAUUCAUUAUGUGAAUUUCAUUUGAA